AUGGCAAACCCCUCCACUACUGCUGCAAAAGCCGAAACAACUGCGGCGGAUAAAGGAGCACCUGCACCACCACCACCGGCGUACGAGUCUCUGAAGAAUAAAAACGACGACGAUGUGUCGAACACCAACGCGUCCUCUGAUUCGCCUUUGAAUCAUCCAAACGCUCCUCCUGCUUCAACAGAGGAGAACGAGAGAACUUCUUCCUCUCGGUUCGAGAAGCUCACCGCGCGCGAGUUACUCGCAAUCUCCCCCAACAGCGAUCAACUUCUCUCUUCCUCCUCGGAAAAUGGAGAGAAAGAUGAAGAGGAAACGCUCAAAUGCGAAGUGGGCGAUCCGAAGAAGAUUGGGCAAGGCUUGACGGCGUACGCGGCGUAUACGAUCAAAUCAGAAUCCACCUGUCGCUCGUACAAGAAAGCGAGCGCGCAAGUCGAACGACGAUACUCCGAUUUCGAGUGGUUGAGGAAUAAACUGUUACAAAACUACCCCGGGAUUGUUUUGUACAAGUUACCGGAGAAAAUAUCCGUCGCAGAUCCAUUCGAUGAGGAAUUUUUGGAGAAGAGAAGAGUCGGGUUCGAACAGUUUAUGAAAGCGGCGUGCGAAAACGAAGAGUUGAAAUUGAGCAAAGUUUUGAUGCAAUUUUUGUGCGACGAUCAGUUGGAAAAAGAACCGUGGUACGCGAAAGUGAACGCGACGUCCGCGUUGGAUGGCAUCGGGUCUAUGUUCAGCGGGUUAGGGAACGAGGACGAGUCGGUUCCAAGUAACUCGUCGAAUAACAACACGCCGAACAAAAUGAAUUCUGCGAAUACGAAUACAAACAACACGAACAACAACAUUAACAGCGAGUCUCCGGGGGGUGAACAAGCGACGACCACGUCGUCGGGAAACAAAGAAGAUCCGGACUUUGCCGCUUUAUCCAGCUACAUCAAAAAGCUCGAGAAAGAACUCAGAGUCUCCGUCGACGUCGCCGAGCAAGUCAUUUUGAGUUUCUACUCGUUGGCGAUGCUUUCCGAAGCGAUGGGCGAAAACGCCUCGUUCUUGGGCGACUGCGAAACCAAAGGGGCGCAAAUGUUGCUGAAAUCGAACCAAGCCGGCGGGUUAGGUAAAGCGUUCAAGAAAACCGGCGAAGCGAUGAAGGCUAUGAAAGAUCCGAUGGAACGUCGAUCGAGAGAUUUGAGCAAGCAGUUUCGGCAACCGUUGGUGUGGGCGAAACACUUGAGCGAGAGUUGCAAAGAAAGCACGGAAGCUCGAGCGAAGUGUUUGUACGACGUCGUUCAAGCGAAGAAACGGCUAGAACAGGCUUCAAAAAAGCUUGAGAACCAGUUGGGCGGUGGUUCGAUUGUCGUCAACGCGCCGCCGCCGCCGUUGAAUAGCAGUAGCACGCCAGACGCGACGCCGACGAAAGCAACGGGGGCUACCGAAUCACCCACUAGCACGGCUGGAACGCCGAAUAACGCCACCGAACAGCUCACCUCGUGGUUUUCCUCGGUCACCGCCUCGUUAACGGCGAAACCGCCGACGAUUUACGAGAUGCAACAAGACGUGGAAUUGAAAACGCGAGAGGCACGAGCGAUGGAAGCGAAGUAUGAACUCGUGAAGAGAAGAACCAUGAUCGAGUUACCGAACGCGCACGAACGCAUCGAAAAAGUUUUGAAUUCCUGUUUCGAAGACAUGACGCAGCUGAUGCAAGAGUUGGCAAAAGUACAAGUCGCGGAGUUUGAAAGCAUCAUGCCUGGUUCCACGAACGCGCAGCAUUAG